AUGGAGAAGGCACUCACCUUAGAACCCUCAAAGUCUCCUGUAAAACGUGGCCAAAGUGUUGGGCAAGUCAAAUGCCUAGAGGACGGCAGUAACGAGUUCCGUGAGUUGGUCGGUCGGUUCCUGGUCGUAAAACUCGAGCCGAUCGUCGGAAUGGUAGGAGCUGCCGGAGUCAUCGUCGUCGCCAGCGUGCUCGCUUGGGGGCUGAGGGUUCCGCUCCACUCGUCUGCUGGCAACGAAGCCGAAGCCAAGCUUCUGUAG